AUCAGAGAGUGGAGUGGAAACAGGAAGAAGGGGGAGAGGGGAAGAAAGGAGACAGAGGAGAGAGGAACGGGUGAGACAAGGUGGCGAGGAGUGAAAGAGAGGAAAAGGGGAGCAAGAGAGGGGGUGUUAGGACCAAAGGAAACAAAGAGAUAAAAAGGAGGUAACUACAGAAGCCGUCUAAUGUGUUACUCGCUUUUGUCCGGCUAGAAAUCUACUGCAUGUAUUGUGUAGUUUGGACGAAGUGUGAGCUUGUAUUUAUGUGUGUGUAUCUGUUGAUUUUUGUGUGUUUUCAGUGUGUCAUUGUUUUGAACGAUAUGCCUCUUAGCUGAGCAUACUGCAGUGUGUGUCUGCAGACUGUGUGCUGCACGUUCAUGCAUGAAGCCCACACACACACACGCACACACACAGACAAACAUGCACACAUGCAAUGCAGACAUGUAGUGCACGAGCAGAAAUGUGGAAUGAUGGAUCUAGUGGAGGGGGGCUGCUGCGGUUCCACUUGUGCUGUGGUUUCAUUUGUACUCAAAGGAGCACUGAACUGUUGAAUAUCAGUUUGUGGGUGUGUGUCUGUGUUUGUGUUUCUGGGUGGUGUGCAGUAGUAAAAAGCUCCUGAGUGACAAACUGUGAAGCUUAUCAGAAUUUAGAGGAAAUUUCCAAACUGCCACCUGCACUUUUUGCCGCUUCUUAAAGUUGAAUGUGCUGUUAAACACGUCCAACUUGUGGCUUUGUUUAUUUUCUCAAUUUAGAAAAGUGGAUCAAAUAUUUGACACAAAUGCUUAUAUCCUGAAAUAGCACAAACAAAAGGUUACUAUAGGAACUGUUGCCAGCUUACACCACAGCAUGCACACAGUGUACUCUUCAAGUUGGUGUGACUGCCAGCUUAGGUAACUACCUGGAUUUGCAAUUCCAGGUAACCAUUCCUCUCCCAGUCCCUGCUCUCCUAGCACACACACACACAUCCACACAAACAUAUGCUUCUGUAUCAUCUUCAUACACUGUUAACCUGCUCCCAUUGUCUUUGUCCUCAAAAAGCUGCACAUUUUUGUUGCAUUGUUUGCAGACGACACCCCUCUUUUCUUGCUCUUGACCUUGCCUUGGUACAUUCCAGCACCCCUCAGAGAGAGAGAGAGAGAGAGAGAGAGGGAGAGAGAGCGGUGCUUUAUGGAGCAUACACCAGGAGAAGCUGCUGUUACAGAAAGGGAGAAGGGGAUAGAGCAGAGAGGGACGUGGGGCUGCGGGGAUGUUAUUUUUAGAAAUGUGAUUGAUAUUCGCCUCGUACUGUAAGCUCUUUCUCCCGGACUGUGACGCUAUUUCAGGCCUGAAUCCAAUAAAAAUCACACAUGUGCAUGUGUUCAGGGUGGGUCUGUACAUUGUCGCUUCUCACUUCCUCCUCCAUCUGUUCUCUUCUACUUCCCGUGUUAGCUAGCCAAGGAGCCACCAGAGACAGGCCUGGUCUGGUGCAGCCCAUCCUUCCUUUUAUGGUAUAGGAGUCUUCCUCCUUACACACGCACACACACACACAUAAUCCGAACAAGAGAUGCACAUCUGCAGGGGUCCACUGCAGCUAGAAAACCACUUUAGAUGGUGUGCAGGGAUGUGACAUGCUGGUGAUUCGACAAACUGAGGACACAAAUUGGUGGAUAUUAGCAAGAUGUGGAUUUUCCUUGAUGCACAAUAAAUAUUUUUGUUGUAGAGAUUUGAGGGAAAAGAUACAGAGAGAUAUCAUUGCUGAAGUAUACGUUAAAUCCCCUCCCCUCCCUCCCGGUCUCAGUGUCAAAAUCACACACAUUCGCAAACACUCCCCUCUCCGCUUGAGGCCUUGCUCCCAGCUCUGGACUAAAUGAUAUCAUCGGUUGCCAGGGAUACAGGGACACAGCGUGCAGAGAAAAGGGAGGGUGAGGCAUAGACAGAACCGCUCACAUAGCCUGAAAGAGAAGAGAAGAGGCUGAGAUAUUGGGUAUCUAGAUAGAAAAAAAAGGAGCCUUGUCGAGACAAGCAGUGAAGAUAGCAAAGGUGACGUUGGAGAGGCAGAGCGGAAACAAGGGGGGGAAAAAAACCUUGCUAGCCUGUCAAAGGUUACUGGCUCAUCCUUCCUCCCCUCCUUCCAUCUCAUUUCAUUCCCUUCCUUUGUCUGGAGGGGGUCAGGUUUUCUAACAGUGCAAAUGUGUGUGAAAGCAUGUAGGAAACGAGAGAUGAGAAUAGAAAAGGAAGAGAAAGGCAGCAAUACCUGAGGGAUGGAGGAGAGAGCCUGCCCUUGAUUUGAAAUAAUACAUGGUACAUCUGUGCACCGACUGACUCUGGUAUUUCCUCACUCUCUUCUUCACUGUGUGUGUGUGUGUGUGUGUCUGUGUGUGUUUGCCAGCUAGUAGCGGAGGAUGAGCAUGUCUAUUUAAAGGGAUCUGAGGCUGUACCGGUCUGCUGGCUUGCUAUUCCUGGCUGACAGCAUCAUCAAAAUUUAGACCAGAGUGUGUCCCCCCUCCUUUCCUUCAGAACUCAUAGAAAGGUACGAUUGGUGACAAUGGUACACACACACACACGCACGCAUGCACGCACACACGCACACACGCACACACGAUAAGGUUUCAAAUAGAUGUCCCUAAUUUACACUUUGCAAACCGGAUUAGUGUGAUGAAAUUGUGAAAAGGUUAGACUGCCAAAUGGGUUUUCAGCAGGGAUUGCGUGGACGUGUGGUACAUGAACAGGGUUUCCUUGGUGACAAGCAAGAGGGGAGAAGCAGUCUGAGGGGUGCAGACAGCAGGUUUAACUUCCCUGUGGGUGUCACAUAACAACUACAUAUGUUACAGUUUUGCCUUCUCUUUUGUGGAUUUAGCACCUUAAUCCCUAGAUCACACAAUGUUAUAGCAAUGUGAUACCCCAGAAAAUGUUGCCCUCCCCCCUCUUUGAAUGUGAUAGGCCAGCUCAAUAUGAAAAUUGAUGACAUGUGAUAACAUUAUUCAGAUGAAAUAUAAACUAGGAUAAGUAAAUAAAUAUCACAAUACCAUUGUUCGCAAGAUGCCCCAAAAAGCAGGGUUGUUUUCACCACUAGAUCUGCAGAUCUGGUUUCAUUAAAAUGGGUCAAAAGUGUAGCUCACCUUGUGAGAGAAGGCAUUGGUUGUUUAUUUGUGUAUUUGUUGUGAUUAAUUCCAAAUUCUCUUAAGUGGUCACUGCAUAUUCUCAUACUGGGUUGAUGAUGAAAACUGUGAUUUGUUUUGCAGCCCUACAGUGUUAUAGAGUUGCUGUUGUUUGGCCUGAGCCAAGUUAAAUUCUUGUCAAAGAUCCAGAAAGGUUCAUACGGUCCAACCAUACAAUGCACGAAUAUUCCUUCUGUCUAGACCAGUAUGUUUCCUCAUUUUUACCAUGAAAUAUUUCCACUGCAAAGUUCCUGCAGCCCUUGUCAGAAGAGACACAUGUUGAGAUAAAAAAAGGAAACACGCUGGUCCAGAUAGAAGAAAUAUUAGUGCACUUGUUAGUGGUAAUCAAGUGCAAAGAGAAAACAAAUGUCCCCUUAACUUAUUCAAUUAUUCUUUAUGUAUACAAAAAGAAAAAAAAAAAAUCAAUAUUACAUGAAAAUUUUCAGAUUUCUAUUUCUGCAGCGCUCUCUCUCUUUCACAUGUCCUGAAAAUGAACCUAAAAUGAGUAUGGCACCAAGACACAGGUUGUGCUAAUGUUGGCGGCAGCUCAGCUGGCAGCCCCUCAAGAUAAGUGUUAUUUGUUGAAGCUUUGGAGAAACAACACUUCCCGAGAUAAAAAUGUUUUAACCAGCACAGCACUGGCUUACAUCAAACUCUUAGCUAGUUCCCUGUUGUGCACUGAUGUCACAACACAUUUCUUAAAAUCAGGAGAAUGACUUUGUGUAACUACACUAAAAACUGUUCUAUUAAUUGAUAGUAGUAUGAUACUCAACAAAAGGAUCAAUAACCUGGCUCCUCUGUGUGUGUAAAUGUGAUUGGAUUUUAAGAAGUACAGUAAAUGACAGUUCCAGAGAGGAUUUUUUAAACAUCUUUUUUAUAUGUCUUUUAUUUCUCCUCUUCAGUGCAGCAUCUAUGGACAUAUGCUUAACUAAUGUAAGUGGCAGCUCAGCUGGUAGCCCCUCCAGAUGUGCUGUGUUUACCAAGGUGCUAGUGGGACAAUGGUUGUUCAGUGUAACACUGUCUAAUGUUACACUAGCUCAUUGUAGGUGUUUACUAACGUCACAAUAAAUAAUCUUGAUGCAAGAAGUAGGCAUUUCUGCAACUGGUAUUGGUAUUAGUGUUACUCUACAUCCAGCAUGACAAAGCUUCUUUUGUUUCACAAUACAAGUCAGAAACAAAGUUAUGCCUUCAUUUGAUACAAUGAACUCCUAUAGUCUACUGUUAGCCAAGCACAUUCUUUUCUCAGCUUCAUGUGAUUGUAAAGCAGAGAGUUUGGCCUGACAGCAUCUUAACCCCUUUCGCACAUGACAUCAUUUGGCCUUCGAGCGAAUUUCCAGAUGUGUGGAAUUAACCCAGCACACAUGGGUUUAAUAUAGCAGGCACAGAGCCAUUGUUGUGUGGAGUCAAAUUUAAGCUGCUGUUGACUGACAGCUCCCCCUACAACACUGUAACAACAGUGUGCUCCAGUGUGCAGCAGGGAGGGUCGGCAACAGAUGGUCUGUAUCAGAGUAAUGCUCUCCAAACACUUGCAAGCUCAGGGUUUUAAAGCCCAGUAAGGUGUCUUUUCUUCGCAAAGAAACAAGAAAACAGCAACACUGUUUAUAAAACUGCUGUAAUGCCUCACAAGCAUUCAAACAAAGUUGGCAACUGUUUGAAUUAGUAACAGAAAGUAGGAGUCUUUAUCAUAUUUGAGGAUUUACAGGGAUGUAACAUAAAUUGCCAAUCUGGAAUGCAGCUUAUAGAGAUAACUCUCUAAAAACCAAAGCAAAACAAGGAUUGUAGCUGCACAGUACAGCUCUGACUGGUGCUAGGGAAAAGACAUGCAGCUUGUUAUCAGUGUAACAUUGUAUGUUCACAACAGUCUUUUGUGUGUCCUCUCUCUGCUCUAAAAAUAAAUCUAAAUGCAGUUGACUCCAAAAAGCCCGAAGCUAAAGCAGUAAGAGCUGUCUGGUUUCAGUUGCUCUAGCAACUGGUAGUAAAAUGGACUCUUGAAGAGGUGGCUCACUUAGCUCAUUCAGCACUCACUCAGAGGUUACUAUCGCACAGCUGCAACAGUCUUACCACAAACAAACGUGCAUGAAGUAUACUCACACCACAAAGGAAGUGGUUAAAUGUUGCAGAGCAGCUCCUCAUACUGUUUAUAAAUAGCGUUGGGAAAUGAGUGCAUAAGGAGAUAUGACCUGUCAGUGUUGUAUUCAGCAGGCAAAGAUGAUCUUUACAAGGUUAGGUCCCCUAACACAGCGGGCUGGGUGUCUGCCAAAAGCAAAACAAACAGAGAAGUAUUUUUGAAAACUGUAUGCAGUCAUUUUAUUUGAAUGAAAUGAAAAUGAAACUAUGAAAUUCAAAUAUGCAGCAGGGGGGACUUAAAGGUUAUUGAGUCCAGUCAGAUAAUGGGUAAACAACUUGGAGUUCUUGCAGAUAUGCAGAGCUAAGUUGAGAGCUGCAGAGUUCACUGUAACAUACUGAACUAGUGGCUCCUAAUGAGCAUGGAGACUGUACUAAAGAUGUGUGGUGUUGAUUUGAACAAAAUAUACACACCAGUUCUGUCAGAGGAAUAAAAAUACACUCCAGCAGCCCAGCCUGCCCAGUUUUUCCCUCUGCUCUUCUUUGUUGUUAAAGUGAGGUUGCCAUGGUCCUUCAUCUGAGAGUCAUGUGUGUGUGUGUGUGUGUGUUUUUUUUUUUUUUUUCCUUCAGUCAUUGGAUGGCCACUGGCUGUGGUGGCUGCUGGGUAUCAGUGAUUAGAGAGAAACUGAAUGCACAAUGCAGCUCUGGCUGACUGAUGAUAUGAAGGCUAAACUGAUACAAAGCAGCAGGAUAUAAAGCACAGGGGAAUCAAAUCCACUACAGAUACACAACAUGACACUUUGUUCUGGUGUGAAUCACAGCCACAGGGGGGUAAAGAGCCUGUUAUUACCACAGUAGAGGCAUACAUAUUUCUCUCUCUUUAAUUAUGUACACAUUAUGUUUCUUGUCUGUCUUUCACUUGCAGGUUGUUUCUCAGGUGUGAAGUGGAGGGCUCCCCAAACUCAGACCAAGACUGGUAACCACAAAACGCUCAUUUUAUCCCUCUGUAUUUUUUGUGUGCAUGGCUGUUUACUUGCAAACAUGCACUAUAUUCACCAAUGUAGCACUUUGUUGUAUAAUGGUAGUAAUUUACAUUAGAGGACAGCUGCAAAGGCCCCGUGUGUUCAAUUAAGUGCUUAUUUGAAAGAAUAGAUUAUAGUCAUUAUGGUGUGUGAAACCAAAGCUGAGCAGCUACUGCAGCUAUCAAAGAUAGUAAUGUUGUCGAUGCAGGAAUGCACAUAAAUAUUGUUCUGCAGUGCCAAAAAACAUCCAAACCUGAAUAUUACAUGUUAGGGCUGCUCCACCUAAAAAUCAUAGUUAGAGAUCUCCUGCUGCUGCUGUUGUUGGAUUAGGAUUUACUUAAGUAGAGGGUCCGGCCUGUAAGUCUCCUUUUCUUCUUAGAUGAGCUAGUAAGUGGAAGAUCUGUUUCUUCAAAGUCCUAAACUGUACACUGGAAAACAACAUUUGUGUUUCAGGCUGCAUGUAUCACCCAGCAGAGCUGUACUCUGGCCGCAACACAUGGGACUCCUACCCAGCUGGAGGACCUAACAGAGGACAAUGGGCUCCUGUAAACGGUCGCCCCUGGAGCCACACUCAAAGGUCAGCAGCACCCUCACUCAUACUCGUUCACCAAGUGUUGCAAAAGUGUUCGCUGUAAUGUGAGCAGGGCCUUACAUAUAGUUUCACAUCCACAAAGAUUUCCAAUUAUACUACAACAGCCUUGGCCGCCUUCUAAUGGGACACUGUUGGCAGCAACAGUUAAGAGAGCAGAAACAACAAAAAUGCCUUUGGCAGCCCAAGGAUCAAAGAAAAUGGUCCAACACGGUCUGAGAGGAAUUUGAACUCAGUAGGAGUGGAUAGAGAAACAGCUUCAGCCUUGAACUUUCCACUGUGGGUUAUUCCAGCAGGUGGGACUCCAGUCUUUGUUGUCUGGGUUGAUCCAAAAUAAGCACUACUCUCAGGGACUAACUGAUCAACUGGAACUGUGAUGAGCAUAUUCAUGAAAAGCUUUUACUCCGGCUGCAGCUGUGAGCAUGAGCCCAUCUGCAGUUCAAACAAGCGGGACUCUGCUGAAUGAAACUAAGACGUCUUCAGCUGCAGCUGAGGAAAGCCUCAGUUUGACUCGACAUCUGCAGCAGUUGAAGAAAGAAAGUGACUGUCAAAGCCUUUGUGGUUGUGGUUUCGGCAAAAAUACCGUUUCUGACUUCUUAUAGAAAGUUGUGACUUCGAUAACGUGUAAACACUAGUUGUUUCAGACUGUCAGUCACGCUGAGAAAUAAAUACAGUACUAAAAAUGCUUCUUUUAAUGGGCUUGUAAAAAGUACAGUGGGAAUUAGAGAUCACCCAGGAGCUGUUGAUCAAAACAAAUAAAGACAGUACAGCUUCAAUCUUAAGCUAACACCUAAACAAAGAAACAGACUGUUGUUGAAGUUGGCUGUCAGUAAAAACAGACAGGUUUGCUUAUUUCAACACCAGACCUCUCAGCUUGACACAUUUUCAUUUGUUUUUUCAUAUCCACAGAGGCCAAGAUGGGCGCGAUCAAUCACUUCACCUGUCAUCAAACCGCCUCUAUAAUAGGUGAGUAAACAGUCAAAGUGUCAGUGCACUGAAAAAGUGUGCUUUUCAGCUCUGAAUCUGUAAAAUCUUAUUCAACCAAGUAAUGAACAGCAAAGCAAAUGUUACUGAAAUGCUCUUUGACGAAGAAAGUGACAUUUUAGAAGAAGGAGAGGAAACUAUCCUCGUAAACUUUGAUGCAUCUGAACAUCAUUUUUGUGAAUCUGCAUGUAUGCCAUGAUACUUGUUGUUCAGUCAUUUGUUUGUUUGUUUGUUUGAAGGGGGGAGAGAACAGCCAGCCAUGUUCAGGACAAAGGUAUCUCUAAAGGAUACAGACAGCCACCACGUCUUUGGGAUAGCAAAGAGCGUCCAUUCGAAACCCAGAACUGGCAUCACAACUCCACACGCUCAUUCCACAAUCGACCUGACACCAACAACGGUUACCCAACAGGACCCAGAGAGCGCUACACAAACUGGGACAGCAAUGCCAGCAUCUCUGUGGUGAGACCUGCAGAUCUGAAAGAGCGUUUAUGAAACGGUUACUACAGGAAGUAAAAAUAUGUCAUCAUGAAAGCCUUUGAUGUGGAUUGUCAUUUUUCUGCUUUUUUUACUGCUAGCACGGGGGUCCUCGCCUACAUCGUAACAGCAGAGAGCUCCAGUCCCAGCCAGAGAGGUGGGCCCCAUCAGACUGCCGCAGGAGCUUUCCAAACAGAAUGAUAAGCAACAGACCAGGACCCUGGAAACGGCCAGUCCCUCACCAGCGGAGAGACCAACUGCACCAGCACAGUCCACCUCCACAGCAUCCUUUAUCCCCCAGGGAAGAGUGUCCAGCCAAGAGGAGAAGAGACUCGGGUCCUGACCAGGUGAGGUUUGGAUAAACCUGGCAGAGAUAUCUGGUUUGAAACAGGCUUAAGACGACAGUCACCAUAGAAAAGCACACUCCAAAUAACUUUUGGUUUAGUAAGUCACCAGCAAAGAGGAGGAGUCAGGACCACAGCCUGUCUGCUUGGCAAAAUGCAGCAACGCGCCCACAUGUCAGUAAAUUCAGCCACACCCUUGUUGUGUCUAAUUAGAUCUAACUCUUAGCUCUUAUAUCAAAGAGAUGCGUUGUAAACUGUUUUUACAAGAGUCUGUAUUUUGUUAUUGUUAGUUUGAAGUUUUACAAAAACUGUCAACAAUAGGCUUUUACAACUAUUAGGUCUUAUUGAGAUUUCGUCCAAUCCCAAGUGUCUCGACUGUGUACACAUUUUAGUUUGGAUUCAUUUUGAACAUAGCUUAACCCACAGGAUAUUUAUCUUUCCCUGUUUAGUCAUCUCAUCCGGGAUCAAGGCAUUUACCUUUGGUCUCUCAUGCUCCAUCACCACCUCGCCACCACCGCGGCAACCAAGAAGACUGGAAGCCUCUUCAUGACAGAGCUGGUCCUCUCCACCACUCUGACCACAGGACCUCAACCACACAGCAACAGGUGAGUCAGCAGGAUGACCGCUUAAUAAAAAACAAAACCAAAAAAACGAGCGAACAGGCUGACAAUUAUUGACCUCUUUGACUUGUUUUCUUUAUCUUUAGGAAACCUCUAAACUGCGAGCUGGAGGGCAUGGCUCUAGUAGUAGUAGUAACCCAGCAGCUCCGAACCAGAGCUGUGGCAGUAGACCACCACAUCAUGGAAGCAGUAGAGGGAAGGUGGACCGGAAAAUCUCCUCUUCACCAGCAGACCACCCCCGUGUGCCUUACAGCCACCAAAAUCAUCAUUACCAGUCCCAACGGCACACAGGCCACCCCAGAGCCCCACAGCACAACCUGCCGCUACGCAUGAAUGAGGAAAAGGAAACGAGGAACCAUCAUCACAAACAAAGCACAGUAAGCAAUCCCAUAAUUCACUGAGGUUUUAGGUCAUUCUUCAAACCCAGUCAGCCUCUUGGUGAUCACGACCACGUCAGUUUAGCAGCUCUUACCCAUAAUUUCCACCGCAUCCGGAACGGCGGCUAAAAGGCUGUAUGUGCCGAUUGCAGCUGAUCGUUUCCAUUCAAGUUAAUGUGCCGCUUUCCACCGGCUUCUUUCCGUUCCGCUGCGGAUCAGCGGACUCCGCAGCUGAUCGCAAGAGUUCUGUUUUUACAGAUUAGUCCGUGCUGGAAAGGAAGUCGAGCACAGACACAAAAUAGAACAUUCAGCUUCUUUUCAAAAUAAAACUCUACAUGUUUCAGGCGGAUUGUAUUUCACACCAUGCAAACGUGGGCGGGGACGAACAAGUGAAAGGUUUUCAGACAGCAUUUCAUCCCGUUGACACCAUUGAUGAGGUGAUGCUGUUUCUAUAAGUCUAGAAGUGGAUUUCCCCCUCUGGAGGGACACAAUCUACUGCCUAUAUGGUUAUGUGGCUGUUUUUAUAGAGACAACUCAUUAUUGCGCGAUUGGAAGUAAAUCCAUCCAGUAGUAAUUGGCGGAUGGCAAAAAUCACUUCAGAGUUGUUCCGGAUGCAGUGGAAAUUGGGGGUUACUCUUACAUCUGUGACAAUAAUUGUUUGAUUCCUGAACAAUAGCCUAAACCCAUUUAAUGCGGACUCUGCAGGAACCUCAGCGCAUUCAUCAAAGGGGCAAUUCAAGAGAUCCAGUCCUCUCCGAGUCCUCUGGCUCUGACACGCCUCCCUACUCAUCGUCGCACCACUGCAGUCCACAAACUUCUGCCAGCAGUCCUCAUUCUCCUUCCAGUCCAUCCAGAUACACGGUAGCCAGUGGUAGAAAAGAUCCACCAAUCGUUCGUCAAUGCAGUCCUGGCUUUAGAGGACCGCAGAAACUCCAGGGAAGCCCCAAUCACACCCCAAAGCCAAGCCUAGCAUCUUCAGCAUCUCCUACAUCCCAAAAAUCCAGGUCCUCAGAGGUCAAAAAUAGGAAGACUUCACGGUCCCCCUGCUCCCGACAGACCUCCCACAGUAGAUCAAGAGCAAACAAGCCUGAGAUAGAGAUAGACAAACGGAUUAAAACUGACAAGCCAGUGAAAAAGGAAAGAAAGGAGGAGGUUCAAAAGACAAACAGAAAGGGGGAAGAAACAAAGAAGCGGAAGAAAAAGGAAGACAGACGUCUGGCCGAAAGAAAAAAGAAAAAGGAUAAAUCAACAAAGAAGGAAAGGAAGUUCGGAUUGAAACCUAGAGUGGCAGAAAAGGAAAUCUGUACCUCUAUCUCUACUUCCGACUCAUCAGUCGAGGCAAAAGCGAGUAAAACAGAGAGUACAACUCUGUCACAAGAGAAGCAAGGCCUGUCACCCACCAAACACAAGCACAGGGAGAGGAGUGAUCGAGAGGAGAAGACACACAGGCCAUAUAUAAAACCACCUCCUCCACUGACAUCCACCAAAUCUGGGGACCACAACAUUUCAGAAAAGAACAAGAGUCUCUCAAAACUGCCCAUCAAGGAACGCCUACUGCCAUCUCCAUGCAAGGACACCAGCAACUAUAAGACCAGCAAUAGGCCAACCGUCAUUUUGUCCCGUUCAGAAGUCGGACCAAAAGCAAAAGCGGAUGAGACCCUCCCCUCUCUUUUGUUCAAAGCCUUAGAGCCCCUCACCACAGCCUGUUCUGUUAGCUUAGAGCGGCCCGUCCACAGCAAAGACGACGGACAGGGAGCUCUCAAUGCUCCAGACCUGCAGCCUGUCGCCGUGAUGGGAAACCUUCAGGAAUUAGGAGACAACCUUGCAAACACUCCCCCUGUCCUCAGCUGGCAGGGAUCUCCGGUAUCAGAUGUGGGAGACGAUGAGGAGGAGUUAGAAAAGGGAGUGAUAAGUAGACCUGUCCUUCAGCCAAGCCCGACCCAAUGCUUCUCCCCCCCUACUGCUGAUAGCGAGAGCACUGAGGAUUUGAGCAGGGAGUCUUGUGGAGGUACACCAGCUGAUACUUCACAGGAUGGCGUGCCAGGACUUGGUGAUCUACCUUGUACAACUGACCAAACUGCCAAGGAAGAGAAGGAGGAGGAGGUGGACUGCAGUGGGGAAACUUCUGUAUCCCUUCUUAGCGAGCUUCACCACCAUAAAACAGGCUUGGAUGAUGUCUUCAAGAGUCUGGCCAACUUUCUCGGGGGCCAGAAAGUCACUUGUCGAGGCGGCCCGUUUGGUGGGCCUUUUGCUAACAGUGCUAGAGGAGUUAAAUCUUCAUCUUCGCUUGAAUUGGGACCAGAGAUUCAUGAGCAUCAAGAUUUCUUCCCUAAACUCCAUCCCAUAGCGUCCUCUGAACCUGGCAAUCAAUCACCAACCCACUCUACCUCAGAUACUCUUUUGAAAUCCAACUUCUCAGUGGAUCCAAAGGAGCCUGUUAAGGAAGCCCACCUGCAGAAGAAGCAGGAACAAACUGAGAUCAACGUAAAAGAGAAACAAGAGGAGAAGAAAUCCGAGAUCAUCACUGAGGAGGCAGAGUCAUCUCUUUUGGACGGGUCACUGAGUGCAAAACUGAGCUUAACCACAACACACACAGCCUCCUUCACCAGCCUCAUCACCGUCACCACAAAGGAAGACCGGGGAGGCUGCAAAGAGACGGAUCCCAAAGGCACCGUCAGAAAGAGAAAACGCAAGUGCAAGGAUAGAGAGCGAGAAGGAGAGAUCAAGAUCAAGAUCAAGACAGAAGAAAGCAGUGUCCUUUGUCCAAAAAACAAAGCGAGCGAGAAAAGGAGAGUCAAAGAAAGAGAUGUUUCAUCCUCAGUCCUUGUCAUCUCCAGGAAUUCACCCAGAGCGCCCAAGAACAGAACAAAAAGCAAGACUCCUCAGGAAAAUCAAACCAAGCAUGUGAAGGAGAAAAAAGUGGUCAACGUAAACACUGAAGAAAAGAUCAUAACAGAGGUGAAAGAAGACGUAGAUGGGUUAGAAAAUAAGACAGCAGCAGUAGCAGCAGCUGGAAACACAAAUGAGAUGCCAAGCUCAGCACCAACUGUAACAAUCAAUACAUCCAAGAUAUGUGCGUCUACACCAGCAACUAAACCCCCCUGCCCCUUAGCUCCAGUCGACCCACUGAAACUGAAAGCAUUGUCCAUGGGUUUGUGUAAGGAGUUAAAGAUCCUUCUGAUUAAACUUGAGAUUGCUGGAAGACAGACGUUCAACAUAUCAGAGCUGGAGACAAAAAAAAUCCCUCUCUCCAAGAUCAGCAUUGAAAACACGGCAGCUGAAGUGAUAAAAGCUUGCAAGUGAGUACUUCUUAUGGAAAAACUGUCUAAGCAUCUCAUUCAUCUGAAUUCAUCUCAUGAAAUUGAAGGGUGUCUGACAGGAGUCUCUAAAGUUUCUCCUUGGAUUAAAAUUGUUGUUUAUUGUCAUUUUUAUCCAGAGGGACACAGGUAAAGGGGAAAUUCAAGGAGUCUUAUCUGCUUUCCACCUUCUCUGUCAAACCCAACAUCGCCACCGUGACCCCUAUUCCAAGAGAGAAACUGAACCCCCCGACGCCAAGUAUCUAUGUGAGUCCAUGUCAACUGAACCGGGCGCUUAAAACUAGAAUAUCUCUUUCUGCACCUUUAUGAACUUUGGUAUGUUAUUUUGUUAUUUGUUAUUUUUAGUUGCACAAAUUAGACAUAAAAUAUUACAUAUUGAAAACAAAAAAGUUCAGCGAAACUGUGCAGGAGAGGAAAGAAAGCUAAAAGGGCUUUUACAGUAGAUUAAAACAUGCUGAAUCUUGAACAAUACAACAUCAAAUAAUCUAAAUGACAAGAAAAAAAAGAAACAUGUUCCACAAAAAAAGUUCCCUUUAAAUGUGGAUCAGGUGCAAGUGACUGGUAACACAGAUAUCUGUUUGGAUAAAAAAUGAAGUGAGAUUUGAAAGUUCUGAAAGAAAAAGAUGAUGAUUUGUGUUCAUUCAUGUUCCCAUCUCUUCUAAAAAUCCCAUUGCAAUUCUUAUCAAUACAAGGAUGAAUAAAGUAUACCAUGAUAGUACUGUUAUAAACACAAAACUAAUGACUUUCCCACUGGCCUCAGCUGCAGCCUGUUAGCAGAAAAAUGAUAGCACGUGAACAUGAAAAAUUAAGAUGCUGAAUGAGAUCCUCAGCCUGUGUCAGCACUGCUUUUUGAACUUUUUUACAUUUAGUACAGCUCCACUCUUCACUUCCAUUUAAGAUAAGAUAAAAUAAGAUAUUCCUUUAAUAGUCCCACAGGAGAAAUUUCAAAUUUACAGCAACAUAAAUACAGAUACAAAAAGAGACAUUAAAGGAUAAAAGAGUUAAAAAAAGAUAAGCACAUGAGUCUUAUUUACUAUAUACAUGUUUACAGAAUAUACAUAUAAAUAUGGUUUAUUGCACACUGAGGUUUCUGUUGUGGAGUCUGACAGCUGCAGGAAGGAAUGACUUGGGAUACCUCUCCGUCACACACUUUGGGUGGAGCAUCCUGUCCCUUAAGGAGCUCCUCAGUGCAGUGAGUGUGUGUUGGUGGGGGUGAGAGUCUCUGUCCAGCAUGGAGGACAGCUUGGCUGUGAUCCUCCUCCCCCCAUCCUCCUUCACAAGUUCCAGAGGUUAUCCCAGGACAGAGCUGGCCUUCUUUAUGAGUUUGUCCAGCCUCUCGCUGUCAGCUGCUGUGAUGCAGACAGGAAGCGGCUCUGGAUUUAGACAGUGUUAGGAGGCAUUAAACACAAAGCUAGUCAGUAUCAUAUCCAGUGUUUAACAUCACCAGUGUCAUUUUGAGCAUCUUUACAUCCUGUUGUUAGCAUUUAGCUCAAAGGAAAGUUGUAAGAAAAUACAGCUGCACUAUGCGCUCAGUGUCUCAUAAAAAAAUGUAUGAUAUUGAAUAAACGUGAAGAAUACUAUCAGCAUUGUCACUUUGAUUAUGUAAAGAUGCUGACUUGAGUAAUUAGCUUGCACCACAGUUGGGCCUGUAGCCUCACGGGGGCAGAUGGCACGACUGUGUCUUUGAACAUCUUCAAAUCACAGUUAUCUCGGCUUUUUAGAGAUAUCUUUAGGUUCCCCACCCUUGUUUAUUUUUUCCAUUUUUGUUUGAAAUGUAGUCUUUUUAGAUAUGCUGCAUUCAGAUGUUCAUAAUUACCCUGUUUGUUUUUUUCUCAGCUGGAGAGUAAGAGGGACGCUUUCUCUCCAGUUCUGCUCCAGUUCUGCACUGAUCCCAAAAACGCUGUUACUGUCAUCAGAGGCCUCGCUGGUUCCCUCCGCCUUAGUAAGUUUAUACACCACACUCAUCUCAGCUAAUUUGCCUCAGUUCAUUUACUCUACUUAGUCCAACAGAAUUUAUCAAAUUACAUUCUGCCUAAAUGAGUUUUUGGUGAUUAGCAACACAUUGCCAUUAAUUAGGG